UCAGGCGGCCGUUGUAAUGCUGCUGCUUCUUCCAGUAUUUUACGUCUUCCAUGGCGACCAAAACCACCUGCAACUUAGAGACGGCGACUAUGUUGUCGUGCAGUGUAAAUCUGUGAAAUUAGCUAGAUUUAUCUAUUAUUUCAGUUGGAUUCAUUAAAUCCAGUAAAGCAAUAAAUCUCCGAGACUAAGUCUAAUAUGAAACCAUCUACAUUGAUAAAUUCUACAGCAACCAACAGAUCACUUCUUGUGAUGCAUGUUAAAGUUAUCGAUCGUGAAUUGACGAGGAAAAUAAUAGAAAAAUCCUUCAUAGGAUAUUGGACGCAAAUGUCCUCAAGCCAAUCCUCGACCUUGACUCAAUUAGGGUGAAUGUCGCGUUUCAUUGAAAGUCCAGUUUGAAGUGUACGUUUUCGGAACGUGCCCCUGAAAUACUGUAGCGUACAUUUCAUCGAUAUUUUUAACGUUGUGAAAUAAAAUGGUCUCGUUUUAAUGCAAAAUUCCACUUUUUUUUACUGUACGUCAGGCACCGCGUGGAGCUGGAAUCGAUCCCCUGGCAGCGCGGCCAAAAGUCCGAGUUGUCGUACCUCUGCACGUGCAGCCACUUGUUGAGCCAGGCGCUGACUGCCGUAUAAUACGGGCCACGAUCUCCUGAGCUGUCAUAAGACAUUCUGUUGCUCGUUCAUCUUAGACAUCCUUCCAGCUGAUCGUAACUGCACCGGAGACCGCGACUUUAGACCACGACAUUCAAACUGGCUGCUAUACUUCGCAUUCUUUGUGGAAUUUCAUAGAAAACCACAAGCUGCCUCAAUUUGAACGGAGAUUUGGUUAUUAGCGGCAAGUGAUGCUGUACCCGAGAUGAUGGAGUGGACAAGCCAACCCUUUUCCUCGGUAGCCCCCUUCCUAAUCUCUAACAUUCCCCCCACUUGGUCCACCCUAGCCUCUUCUUACAUUGUUCCUAACCACACGCAAUUUGGAUUAGGCUGCUCGUCGAGCGGUGGAAGGAACAAUUCGGGAUGUCACAACGUUGGUACCAGACGAGGUUUGGUCAGCCGGCAAAAUGGCCGAAAACACAAGUUGUUUUCUGAACACCACAAACGCAAAAGAAAACACAACAACACACACAGGAGAGGUACGCUACGUAACAACGAAGCAAAGAUGUCCACCGUCGAACCUCACUUACAACCUAAGCUGCCGACCCUUGAUUCCCACGGUGUCCAAUAUUACCAAUUCUUUGCCAUGCUGUUGCCCUCCAUCGAGCCUAACAGGCAGAAACUUGCCUUAGAGAGUGUAGCUUUGAAACGUCUAUCUCAUAAGUCUAGCGAAACAUCAAGUAUUUCUAUACCCCUAAAAGCAACUAUUAAUUUCAUCGGGAGCAACGACUCGCUAUGGGAGAGCGCUAUCGUAUUCGAUGACGAAACAGCAUCUCAAGAACCUUACUCACCGACUCAGGUUAGUCCCAGCAACUGGAGUACACCUAGACUGGUACCUUUCAUUCGAACGAUCAAAAGUACUAAAGACUUACAACCAAAUGAAGUAUUACCUGCGUUAAUUUCUCAAGAUAUUCGUAGGAACAAUAUUGAAGUCCGAAAAAACAUCAAAACUCAAAAACUCCAAAGCUCGAUGGCUCGUUCAAUGGAUGAACUUAAAUCUGGUUACCAUCCUGACAAACACCUGCCAUCCGAAUCUGAGGGGAGUCCUGGGGAUGAAUUGGGCAAGCUUGACGUUCCAGGUAACGCUGAUUCACGGAUUGAAGAUUCAUCUGCAUUAGAGGAUUUCUUAGCUCACCGUGAAUUUUUUCAUGCGCGGGCAUUGGAAGAUACGCAGAAGCAAUCGAUGCUCUCAUCGCAGGGUCAGAUGAAUGGUUUUGCAAACCUGGACAGAGAUGCAAGAACAUAUAACUCCAGAAAUCAAAAUGUUGAUAGGACCCGUCCAACUGACAUCUGGAGUGGUGUGCUAAGAAGCAGGCAUGUCGAUGUAGUUAACUUCACUUUGCACCAUAGCGUUCGUGGCAAUGAACGUUCGCAAGUGAGAGAAGAUGGGGAAAUAGAUGCUGAGAAUGCUAAUGAAAUUAACUUCAAUAAUAAAAUCUCACAGAACAGCAUCCCCACUCUGGACCCUGAAGAAGAAGAGGAGAGACUCAUUUUUUUGAAGACUAAAGAAGAGCAGAUCACCAUACCCCAAAAGACACAAAUCAACGAUCCUAUCUUCCCUAGAAAAAAAGGGAAGCACGGAGAAGACUCUCCUGGUGGGGAGGAGGAUGACGAAGAAGCCAAAAAAGAGUGGGAUAGGUUAGGCCAAUUGAUCGUCGUAGUGUCCAUGGCAGCCCUCGGGACGGUGGGCAACAUCUUUGCCAUAGCCGCCCUCAUCACCGAGGCCAGCUUACGAAAAGCGGGUAACAUCCUGCUGGCGAACCUGAUGGUGGCGUGCCUGCUGGUGACGGCAGGGGUGCUGCCCACGGACCUGAUCGAGCUGCUGGCGGGCUGGACGCACCCUUCCCCGGUGUGCAAGCCUGCGUGGGUGCUCACUAUUCUGGCUGCCCAUACGGCGCUUUUAACACUGCCGUGCCUUGCUUGGGAGAACCAUGCAAGACAACACUCAACUCGACCACUGCCAGGAGGGGUUUUGGUGGCCAUGGUCAUUGCUUCCUGGUGUGCAGCCUUCAGCCUAACCGCAGCCCAAUGGGCGGGUGGCUUUGGGCCCACUCAUUGUGUACUGAGUUCGGGAUUGGCUACACAGGCCUCGAUGACAGCGGUUGUGGGGGUGCCUCUGGUAGUGAUCCCAUUGCUGAUGAUGGUGGUUGUUCACUCACAUACCCUCCUGCACACCCCCAGCUCCGUACCUGCCAACAAACGGUGUUCAGAGGAAGACUCUUCUGAGGCCAACAUCGCUCUCAAGAAAACAUGUCCACAGAAAGACCUCGCUUUGGUCGCCACAAACCUUGCAGUGGGGGUGAUCACAGGAGGGCUUUGGGCGGGGGGCGUGGCAGUGGACUGGUGGGGAAGUUCAGAGGGAAGUUUAACGUGGUUGCCAUCCAUCGCUGCUUCGUCAUGCGGGUUCCUGUACGCGGUACAUCGGCCCUUCAGGGACGCCUACUACCAGCUCUUCAACUACUGCUGCUGCAAAACCACCGUCAGUAUGGCGCGCAGGGGCAGGAGCGAGACGCCCAUGGAGUUGUACGCAGGGUACGCGUCCACAAGUACUGCUCGUAGCACCACAGAGCACGUGAGGGUACAUGUACUGCCGCCCUACAACAUGUACUCCCAGUCCAAGGCUCUGCCAGUGGCACAGUACAGCUCGAGCAAGCCCUCAAGAUCCAAGGACCGCCGCCACAAGUCAACAAAUAAAAACGAAAUCUACGAACUCUGAAUUUUUACACUAUCAAUUGCAUCGAUUUUGUAUGCUGGUAAAGUUUUUCAAGAAGCGGGUAAAGCUGAAGAGAAGUUAAUUAAGUUCACAUAAAGUUACAGGUGUCUGGUGUGGCCUGCAGUUACUGGUGUGGCGCGUAGUUACUGGUGUGGCCUGCAGUUACUGGUGUAGCGUACAGUUACUGGUGUGGCCCGAAGUUACUGGUGUGGCGAGCAGUUACUGGUGUGGCCAGUAGUUCUGGUGUGGCGUGCAGUUACUGGUGUGGCCCGUAGUUACUGGUGUGGCCCGUAGUUACUGGUGUGGCCCGUAGUUACUGGUGUGGCGAGCAGUUACUGGUGUGGCCCGUAGUUACUGGUGUGGCGAGCAGUUGCAGUCCAAUUUAACGGAGCGCUGCCAUUGUACGAGGACGCGUUGCCAUUGUAUGAGGAAGCGUUAACCUUUAUAACGAAGCGUUGCCAUUGUAAGACGUUAUAAUUAUAUGACGCGAAUUUGUUCCGUCAGAUAAACUCGAGCUGACGUUGCUUCGUCCCACGCGUUUUACGUUACUUCGAUUAACGCGGUGUAACUUUCGUAAUAUAACACUAUAGCAUUACUGUAUAGAAAUAGCGUAUUAUUACUGUGUGGGAUUAGCGUAUUAUGCAUAAUCAUUGUACGAGAGGAAGAAACACAGCUAGCUACAGGCCCUCUAUAAAUAUCUGAGUAACAAUGAACGUGAUGAUGAAAUUUAUUUAUCAUUUCAGCCUCACAGAGUGGAUAAAUCCAAUAAAUACAGAGCUGGGUUAAUGUUACUACGUCAAGCAGAUUGAUAAAGGGCAUUCAGAAAAAAGUAUUUUGUUAACAUUUUUCAAUUUUUUUAUGUCUCACAAUUGAUGAUAAAUAAAUCGACAUCAUAAUUAAGAAUUUAUAUGUAGCAGGUUAACGGAGCAAAAAGUAAAGUUUGUUUCGAAGACGCUCUAAAGGGGUAACUCGUUAAUAUUAUUAGCUUGCCACAUGAAGUAAAGGUAAAGGGUUACGAACUUAUAUAAUUCUGAUGCUACAUGCAGUAAGGGAAACUCACUAAUAUUAUUAUUAUGAUGCUACAUGCAGUAAGGGAUAACUCGCCAAUAUUAUUNA